AUGGCCGCCAGACUUUGGGGGAGGAAGUAUGUGCGACAGCCCUUCAAUAGGGGCGACUAUCUCACAAUGGCUGCCGCCUCCUGUGCCCUCAUCAGGCUCGGAAUGAUUCAUGUUGUCUUGACUUGGGGCACCAACAACAUGACGCCUGCCCAGCGCGCACAUCACCACUUUACCGCUACCGAGAUCUAUCAGCGGGAGAUCGGCAGCAAACUGACCAUCACGAACCGAGUCUUCUAUAACUCCUAUCUUUGGCUGCAGAAGCUCGUACUGCUGGAUCUCUAUCGACGACUCAUUCAGGAUCUUCCCUACGAAAAAUGGCUGAUCCGGGCUUAUCUUGCUUUUUUCUUUGUGACAUAUGCAGCUGUCCAGAUUUUGACCUUUGUCGAGUGCAAGCCCUUUCACCUUUACUGGCAGGUUGUCCCUGAUCCAGGCCCUUGUGCAGAGGCUCAGGUUCAGCUCAUUGCCCUCGGCGUUCUCAACAUCAUAACCGACUUCCUGUUGAUCAUUCUACCGCUUCCAACCAUUUUCAAGCUGAAAGCGCCACCAAGUCGAAAAGCCCAGCUGGUUGUACUGUUUACGCUCGGUAUAUUCAUCAUUCUCAUCACCAUUAUUCGACUACCCAUCAACUCCCAGAACGCGACUAGCCAGGUGAGCCGUACAACUUGGGCCAGCACCGAGCUCCUUACCGCUGCUAUUGUGGUCAAUGCCCCGACGCUCUACUCAUUCUGGAAUAAGAGACGGCGAGAGAAAACGGGAGUUCAAGUGCAACAAGGAGAUGGUGAAAACGGCAAGGGGGCUGGCCAAUUCGCGUUGGAAACGAUAGGUGGCAGUACCUUUUCUGGUGAUGGGAGUAAAAAGCGCAAGUCGAAUGUAGGCGUGUUGCAAACGAAUGAUGUUACCGUGACCGAAUACAGGAGGAGUGGUGACUACAUCAAAUUGGCUGACGAGCGAGAUCACAUGUCACAAAAGUCAAGCCAGCAGGGGAAUUCAUAA